AUGGCGAUGAGUGGUGAUGAUGGUGACAACGGUGGUAAUAGUGAUGGUUGCAGUGACGACAAUAAUAAUGAUGGUGGUUGCGGCAAUAAUAAUGGCGGUGAUGGCUAUGACGAAGAUGGUGGUGGAAAUAAUUAUGAGGGUGGUGGUUGUUAUGGUGGCAAGGGUGGAGUUGUGGCGACGACAGUGGUGAUAAUGGUGGUUGCAAUGAUGACAAUAGUGGAGUGUGACGACGGUGGUGGUGAUUGUUAUGGUGACGAGGGUGAAGUGGUGGCAACGACAAUGAUGAUGGUGGUUGCGGUGGUGACAAUGGUGAAGUGUGACGACAGUGGUGGUGGUUGUUAUGGCAACGAUGGUGGUAGUGAUUGUUAUGGUGACGAUGGUGGUGGUGGUGAUGAUGGUGGUUGUGGUGGUGGUGGCGGCGACAACAAUAGUGAAAGUGGUGGUGACAAGGUUAGUGGUGGUGACAAUGGUGAUGACUACAAUGAUAAUGGUAGUGGCAUGGGUGGUGAGGGGAAGGGAGUGAGAGAGAAGGAUUAUCCUAACUUGUUGCUUUUUAACCCAACUCCCUAUUAG